GCCACUUUCUUGCAGACGACAUUUUCAUGACAUUUGACGAGUGAGUGCAACUAAACAAGCAUGGCAGUGUAUUUAACCUCUGUUCUAAAAAGCUUUAAAACGAAGGAAAGUGCAUGAAAAUGCUCGUCGCAAUGGCCGUGUGUAGAGUCGGUCUGCAGUAUAAGUGUGCUGCACUAGUCUGGUGACAUCAACAAACAGGGUAUUCCUACCAUUGCUGCCAAAGACUUGUUCUGCACUUUUGCUGGACAAUAUUUAUAAAAACUAAGGUCAACAUGAUGCAUUAUUUACAAUUUGCCCUGCUACUUUUACUUCUGGCUGAAGUAGUGAGGGGUGGUUCAAAAGACACCCUCCCCAAAUUCCCAAACAAAUCUGGGACAAACACAAACAAGAAUGAAGACAAGAAACCACCGAUCAGCAAGACAGAUGGUGGAAAGAGUGGGGGUGGAACCAAAGCCACGCCUCAAGCCACACCCCAACGAGAUCUAUUCAUGAGAAUACAUGAUGGCUGGAGCGCUUGCGAGCGAAGAACUUCAACAUCGUGCGGAUCAUUUCUACAAAACAUUACCUGUGUCUAUAUCCCUGAUAAUAAACAAGUUCCGAUGUAUUUUUGUGACUCUUUACCCUCUUUGGGGUCGACUUUCCAACAGUGCGACCACUGUUCGGAGGAUUGUGUGAUGACCACUUGGUCAGCGUGGACGCAAUGCAGCUCAACAUGUUCCCCAGCGACAAGGUACAGAACGAGACGGGUGUUGACGACUGCGAGGAACGGUGGGCAGGAGUGUGGGGAGCUGUCGGAGAGCGAACCGUGCACAGAGCUCGACGGGUGUGAGUUUGAGGUUCACCUGACGACUUACACAUGGAAGAUCGGGGAGUGGAGUAGCUGCAGACAGGUUUCCCAGCAGACUGGUAGUAGAGGUUGUGGUAUUGGACGAAGGUUACGCUCCAUAUCCUGUGUGAGCAGCCAGGGGGAAAUAGUGGAUAGCAAUCAGUGUCUGGAUAAUCAAGAUCCUCGGAAGAAGGACUCGCAGCCUCAAGCCGUUGCUGGCUGCUCCUUACCAUGUGACUGUAGGACCUCUUCAUGGUCUGCAUGGGGACUCUGCUCAGAAACCUGUCAGCACCGGUCUGGACCAGUUAGAACCGGUCUGCAGACCCGCACUAGGGAGAUUCAGAGACUGCCAGAGAACGGUGGGUUACCGUGUCCGAGCCUGAUGGAACAGCGGGAGUGCGAGGGAGAGGUUUUGCCGGAGUGCCCAAGAUUUGAGUGGGUUGCUGAGGAUUGGCAGCGAUGUCAGUUAACACAUGACAACGAGGGUCUUUGUGGAGCUGGAAGACAGAGACGUCAAGUGUAUUGUAUUGAGGAAGGAGAUGAAAGUUAUAUCCCGGUCAGUGAGGAGUCUUGCAUCACUUCACCCGUCAACUCCUCCCUCCACCAGCCACCGAUGAAGAGAGCCUGCUGGGUAAACUGCCCCGUUGACUGCCAGCUGGGUCAAUGGCAAAACUGGUCUCCUUGUUCUAAGAGCUGUGAAGAGGGUGUCCAGAUACGUACUAGAGACGUCCUCGUGGCUCCGGCGUUUGAAGGGGGGGAGUGUGGACCGUUGGCUGAAGCUAAAGAGUGCGAGUUUGUGGAGUGUUCUUGGUGGCACACAUCCAGAUGGACCAGCUGUAGUUUAAACCGUGGCAUAACAGACUGCGGUUCUGGUGUCCAUGCGCGUGUCCUCUACUGUAUGAGCGCCCUCGAUGAGCUGCUAGAUGACGAGUUUUGUCCGGGUGAAGAGCCACCAUGGCAGGAGACCUGUAAGAUUCCCUGCCCGACGGAUUGCGUCAUCUCAGAGUGGUCAGAUUGGGGUUCAUGUUCCAAGACGUGCGGCAAAAAAGGAGGAAUGCAGAUGAGGAGCAGACAAAUUCUUGCCUAUUCCGAUCUUGAAGAUGACUCAUGCCUCCCUGAGACCGAGCUAACCCAAUACAGACCCUGUAAUCUUCACCUCUCAUGCCAGACCUACACCUGGCAGGUAGAAGCAUGGGGGGAAUGCUCAGUGAACGGAACGGCUGCUGGAAAUUGUGACCGAGACUCUGGCGUCCAAUACAGAGAGAUUUCAUGUGAGAAAGAUUCAGGCGUAGCCCAAGACGAGACGUUCUGCGAUCCUUCUUCCAAGCCGUCUGGAUCCCGUCCUUGUGAGGUCCCUUGCCCAGCAGACUGUAAGCUAUCUCCCUGGAGUGCCCUCUCAGACUGUAGUCAGACAUGUGGUGACAACGGACACAGGAUACGCUCUCAGAGAAUCGUCCAACUCUCGGCAAACGGUGGCGCUUCGUGCCCGGGUGAAGCAAAUGAAGAUGGUGUACUUUUCAAAAUGGAGACAUGUGACAAUCUGCCCCCCUGCUACAGCUACCAAUGGAAUGCUGGGAACUGGAGUGAGUGCGAGGUAGUGGGUAUAGAUUGCGGUAAAGGACUACAGACUAGGGAGGUGCAUUGUGGGAGGAGUGACGGAACAACUGUUGAACCAGGUGUGUGUGUCCGUGAGGUUCUGUCUACCCCACCCCCAUCCCAUCAGCAGUGUAUCCUACCCUGUGCUGGUGACUGCUUACUCUCUGAGUGGUCUGUCUUUGGUCCAUGUAUCCGCAGCUGUGGACUAACGGCUCAUACUGGUUACUGUAGGAUGCAAUCAAGGGCCAUUAUAAGUAUUGAUCCAGUCACGGAUAAUGCAGAGGAGUUGUGCCCUCACAUCACCAGCAGUGACUUGAUGAACUAUGAGCCUUGUGAUGAUCCCAGCUUCAUGUAUGACUGGCAAGUAGGAGCAUGGCAGAGCUGUCUGCUUAAUGAAGGUGAUGAAUGUGGAGAAGGUAGUGAGCAUCGGAGCAUCCUGUGCCAGCGGAGUGAUUCAACCUUCGUCCCUCUACAUUUCUGUGAAUCAUCUGCUGCUACUCCACCCAGCACCCAAGCAGCAUGUGAUGUUCCUUGUGUCGUAGACUGCAUUGUGUCAGAGUGGAUGGCAUGGUCACCUUGUACACAAGCCUGCGGAAGAGGAUUGAAGACCAGGAUGAGGGAUAUUCUACAGCAGAGUGCCAAUGGUGGGCGGAGCUGCCCACCUUUGAUUGACAGCAUGAUUUGCAUAGAGAUGAUGUGUGACAAACUAGAGUGGGAGGUUUCAGAGUGGGGCCCCUGUGAGGUUAUUGACCCACGAAGCAACUGCGGUCACAGUGCACAAGUCCGGACGGUCUCUUGUAAGUCUGGGGAGAGCUAUGAGUUGGAAUGUGCUAAGCGGUUUCCACAUCCUGACACAAGCAGGCAUUGUGUCUUACCAUGC